AUGUCUAGCAGAGAGAUCCUAGAAAACUAUUUGGAUCGAGACCUCUUUGAGGUAGUGAGUGAACAAUCAGUCAGCAAAAUCAUUAAUGUUCAAACGCAGAAAAGAUUAACCGACAAAGAGCUCAAAAUACUCUCGAAUUUGAUAUACAAUAGACAUAACAAUAGAUCCAUGGAUCGUGUUAGAGAAAAUAUUUUGCAAGGCGAACUGCAGAGUGUUGUUGAUUACGAGCCGGACUCAGAACAAGUACAAAUUGCUGAAGAAUCUCAUUAUGUUGCUUUCUUAGACAGACUUAAAAAGUUAAACGAUAGACUAGAAAAAGAAGCAGAAAAUAUUGAAAGUAUUAAAAAACAUAAAAUGAAACUCUUGGAUAAAAAUAUUAAGGAAUUGGCGGAAGCUCAGACUAGUAUUACAAGUAAAAUUUCAAGCUUAGGGAAGAGCAAAGCAAAACAGAUGACACAGGAGAUUUGUGAAACAAUGGCUAGCAUAAGCAAAAGUUAA